AUGGAUGAAAACAUGCCCAUGCAGUUCGGAUGGACUGGGCUAUUGCAGGAACACCCCAUUCUCUUCCUGGCCCUGCGAGCCUCUGCCAACAACAACAACACGCUCGUCAUCCUGCUUCUCCUUUCCGUAUUCUCCGCCGUAUAUGAUGCGUCCCGUGUCUACGUUGGCGGCCAUGUGCGUACGCGCCAGACACACCACUACUCCUUCAUUGACGACACACACGAGAGCUCAGCACCUAGUCUCUUGUCUUCACUCGCACGCGCCAAGAAAGGACGUCCUCGCAUCAUUCUGUACGCCAAAGCCAUCAUCCACUUCGCGCUCUUCGUAGGUGUACAGUGUAUCAUCACAUGGAUCGUGAUCAAGAUAGCGCGGAUUCUGGCAUCGAAUUACGUGGACGACGACGACGUACGCCAAGAGUGUGAUCUUCUGCUUGAGAAGGGACUGGAGUGCUCUGCCGCGAUACGGUAUCACAAUGCGCUCAAUGUGGCAGCUGUCAUCUGCCUUUUGUGCUUGAUUCGCGGUUUCAAGCUACAUAUCGAUACACCGACUCGCACCCGUCCAAUCGAUGAUACAGAUUACAGUCCUGGCUUCGUCGCUCUCAAGACCAAGUGCCGAAGUAUGGCGCAGAUUAUCCUCGCUGUACCCAUCACCAUUGUGGCUCUACACUCUCGCGUGUCUAGGAGGGAGAUGUGGAAGCAUGUGGGGAUUCUGUUUGGUCUGACUAUUACUUCACUGAUCAUCUUUCUUGCUGGCAACUUUGUUGUCUUGCUUGCUACACUGCCGGUAUGUUCGAAUACUGCUUUCGAUAUCAAUGGGCUAACAGGCUUUCCAGGACUUGCAGCAUACAUUGGACGCGUUGGAGGAGUCGGGACUGACGAGGCAGACUAA